AUGUGUUCAUUCCCGGUUGGAACUGUUCCGCUUUUGACAACAGAUUCUACAUUUGUCCCACCCAUCACAGGCAAGGGUCCUCCAUUCAGACAUUUGUUGUCCACGGUUGAGGCGCCACGACUUUUCAUGCUAAUUGAGCACGAUGCUCUCCCGUCGUUCUCCUCAGACCCUCUGUCACUGCUCCCCGAGUGCGCGCACUUGACGAGCUUUGAUUCGAUACCAUCUACCCCUCUGCACACGCUGAUCUCGCUCGGUCUUGACACGGCCAAGCCGCAGGCUCUUCACGCUAAAUCCAAUGUUCAACUUGACGCAGUUACACGAUACAUCUGCAAUGUUGGAUUCGGGGGUGCUGGUAAGGGUGAUAGACAUGGACAUUAUCCUACACCGCACGGUACAGUCGCCAGGACGAAGGAAUCCCCUGGUACCUUCAACGCAGCAUCAAACAUGGCUCGGAAGUUUCAACUUGAUGACGGCGACUGCAAAGACAUUUUUAUCCGUUGCAAAACAACGGAUAAAAACAUAACCAAUGAGAAUUAUACAAAGGGACAGGAAAGUCAGUAUCCGCAGUCCCCAUCUCCUAGCUCCGGAGAUGUGGUCCUGUCCUGCUGGGAAACUGGUCCUCAGUUUUCCUAUCAUGGGCGCAACCUGGGAGCAUUCAGCCCCAUCCCUUGCCAAAGGGGUUCCUCGACAAUCCCUGAUCGCGAGAACGAUCCGGUUGUGCGCCAGCAUGUUGGGCAAUGCUACACUCGACAGAUACAAAACAGUUGUUAUGCACCACGUAUGCAUAACAAAGUCUUGACGCUGGACCCAUUGAAUGUACCCCAGGUUCAGAUGAGAAAAGUUGAGGACCUGGAGAAGGUAACAGAUAAGUUAGUGACGGGGGUACCGGCAGGAUCGCUACUGUUUUCCAAGUAG